AUCAUGCGCCUCCUCCCGCAGACCCGUGGCCCGCUGUUCCUUGUGCUUAACGUCCUGCGCGCGCUGAGUAUCCUCGCUCUCGUGCUCGUGUUUUCCUCCACCGUGGUUACUAUCGUUGACGACAUCAAGGCUGUCAAGGCAGACAAGGCCGCCUCCACGGCCGCCGCCCCCGUCUACACCUGCGACUACUACAAAGGGAGCACUGUCCCGCUUCAGGCGGGCGGAACGUUCUGGUCUGUCCUCGCGCGCGUCUUCAUCCUCGGCGAGUGCAUCCUGCUCGCGCUCUCCGAGAUCGGCUUCCCCGCCGCCUUCUUCGCAAACAUCAUCCCCAUGCUUGGAGAGGAGUACGGCCUCGGCUGCCUGGGCGUGCUGCAGGCCCUGAUCGCCUCCUCAGUACUAGCGCACCACUGCCGCCGGUUUGCACAGGUCUUCGCCUGGCUCCUGUUCAUCGUGGCCAUGAUCAACGUCCUCGUCGGCAUCUUCUUCCGGGACAAGGCGAAGCAGCACCGCGCCAUGAGCUGGGAGAACGCCGCCGAGCUGACCCCGCAAACCCGUGCCGCCGCUGCGGCAUGGAACAUC